UCGAUGUGCAAUCAUGUUUGUGGGAUUCAUCAUUUUCUUCCUUCAUCUCAUUUUCUGCUUUCAAUUGUAAUAUCAAUACUCGAGGGAAGGACCUUCGCCAGAUAGAGAGAAAGAGAGAGAGGAAAGAAUUGGAUUGGCGUUGGGAGCGAGAUUCAAGUCCUCUAAGCCAGGAGGGACAUGAAGAGAUCGGAUUGCCAUUAGAAGCCCUCAAAUCGACAGCGGGAGUCGCAACCGCAACACAACCACUCAACCAGCUCUAGAGAGAGGGGAACCAACUCGCCGGUCAUUUUGUGGCGAGUACUGUUUUGCCAAACCGUAAUAACGAUAAUCACGUACCGUUCUUCUAGGGUUACGGUAUCGGUCGUGAUUCCGGCACCAUCCCGCUCCUUUUCAACUCUCUCUCGCGCUCCCGCUCUCCCGCGCGCUUCUUGGAAGCCUUCUCAUCACAACCUGCAACAAUCUCUCUUUUUUUCUCUCUCUUUCUCAUCAUAAUCAGAACCAUAUCUCUCUUCCUCUCUCCCCCUGUGCGUGGUGCUUGCCCAUAAGUGUCUGGAGUCUUUCUUGUGUCCAUUAGAAAUCGAAAUCAAGAAAGAACCGCCUCGCUAAAGGUCACCGCCUCAGAAACAGAAACCCGGACGCGGCGAGAGUUUCAGCCCUUUGGAAUGCACCACCAAAGGUAGCUAUCUCCAAACUUCAGUCUGUCUCUGUAGGGUUCUCGUUAUUCAGCAUGUCUGCUCAUGUUUUCACGUACCCAUUUCACCAUUAUGUUCGUAAGAGAGCGAUUUCCACGCGUGUUUUGAAGUAUGCCCAUAAAUUUUAGCAAAUCUCCAUGACCUAAGCCGAUUCUGCCCGAUGGAUAGACGUGGUCGUUAGUUUCUUGUUCUGUGUAUUUACUGGUGACAAGAUGGGGGGCACUGCGGCAGAGAGUAGCUGUAGGAGAACAACAAGGAGGAAUGCAGGACGCAAAAAUUAUGAUGAGAACAUGAUAGAUGAGAUCAUGGAGAGCCAUCUUGGUAGCGUUCCGAAGAAGCGGAACCGUACGGUGGCUGAUUUGCAGAAGGAGACGGAAUUAGAGGCCAUGAUUGCCUUGUCGCUGGGGUUCCCGAUUGAUGCGCUGCUUGAUGAAGAGAUCAGAGCUGGGGUGGUUAGUGAAUUGGGUGGGAGAGAGCAGAAUGACUACAUUGUGGUCAGGAAUCAUAUCCUGUGUAUGUGGAGGGAUAAUGUUGGUAAAUAUCUGCACAAAAACGAAAUUAUGGAGUCAGUGAGCAAUGAAUAUGAAGGGAUGGUCCGGAAGGCGUACGAGUUCCUUUUGUCCAAUGGGUAUAUCAAUUUUGGGGUUUCAACUUCUAUCAAGGCAGAAAUUCCCAAAGAAGCUACUAUGGGCAGUGUGAUUGUCAUAGGUAGUGGUCUUGCUGGAUUAGCUGCCGCAAGGCAGUUAUUGAGCUUUGGUUUUAAGGUAGUAGUUCUUGAAGGAAGAAAGAGACCUGGUGGGCGAGUUUAUACAAAGAAAAUUGGCCGCAGAGGUAGGUUCGGUGCAGCAGAUCUUGGUGGUAGUAUUAUCACUGGAAUCCAUGCGAACCCACUCGGAGUUUUGGCAAGACAAUUGUCUCUUCCUCUUCACAAGGUGAGAGAUAAAUGUCCUUUGUAUAGGCCGGAUGGAUCACCAUUGGAUGAGGAAACCGAUUCAAAGAUUGAGUUCAUCUUUAAUAGAUUGUUGGACAAGGCUACACAACUGAGACAGACAAUAGGUGCAGAAUCUGCAGCAGGGAUUUCACUGGGUUCUGCUUUGGAGACAUUCAGGCAGCUCUACAGCGUGGCGCUUAAUGUGGAUGAAAGGCAACUUCUUGAUUGGCAUCUGGCAAAUUUGGAAUUUUCAAAUGCCGGUCUCCUGCCACAAUUGUCACUUGCAUUCUGGGAUCAGGAUGAUCCAUAUGAAAUGGGUGGGGAUCACUGUUUUCUUGCUGGUGGUAAUGGUCGCUUGAUCGAUGCUAUGUGCGAUAAUGUGCCUAUUUUCUACGGGAAGACUGUGGAUACAAUUAAAUAUGACAGUCAUGGUGUUGAAGUGAUAGCUGGAGGUCAAGCUUUUCAAGCUGAUAUGGUAAUAUGCACAGUGCCGCUUGGUGUUCUCAAGCGUCGGUCCAUAACGUUCUCUCCAGAGUUACCUAAAAGGAAACUCGAUGCAAUAGACAGACUGGGUUUUGGAUUGCUCAACAAAGUGGCCAUGAUAUUCCCCCAUGUAUUCUGGGGUGAGGAGCUUGAUACUUUUGGCUGUAUCAAUGAUGAUAGUUCAAGGAGAGGCGAAUUCUACCUGUUUUACUGCUGUCACAUGGUUUCAGGCGCACCAGUUAUUAUAGCUUUAGUGGCAGGUGAAGCUGCGAUAACAUUUGAGAGCACAGAUCCAACCCAUUCGCUUCACCGGGUUCUAAGUGUUCUCAGAGGUAUAUACAGUCCCAGAGGUAUUGAAGUACCAAACCCCAUUCAGACGAUAUGUACUAGAUGGGGAAGCGAUCCUCUGUCCUGUGGUUCAUAUUCACAUGUCAGGGUUGGGUCAUCUGGUGAUGACUAUGAUAUUCUUGCGGAAAAUGUGGGGGAUGGUCGGCUUUUCUUUGCUGGUGAGGCCACAUCCAGGCAAUACCCAGCCACCAUGCAUGGUGCUUUUUUGAGUGGAUUGCGGGAGGCUUCUCACGUUCUCAUGGCUGCUAGAAGUAGGCAGACUGCUGUAAUGAAGUCCAUACCAAGAUAUUCUCAACUGUCCGAGGAUAUUCUCGUUGAUCUGUUUAAAAAGCCUGAUCGGACGGUUGGAAAAUUUUCCUUCAUAUUCGAUCCUAGAACAGAUGAUCCCAACUCUAUGGGGCUCAUGAGGAUUUCUUUUGGAGAAAAUCAUGACGUCUGUGACACCAAAAACGUGGGCGAAGGUGAAAAUGUUAGAAUUCAAUGCUCAUCUAAAUUACAAUUACACCUAUAUGCGGCCAUAUCUAAAGGAAAAGCAGAUGAUCUGAAGUUGGUUAGUGGGAGCAACGAAAAUAAGCUGAUUUAUCUUCAUAAAAAUAUUGGGCUGAAAUUAAUGGGGAGUAGAGGAUUAGGAGCAUCAGGAAACUGCUUAGUUGCAAGCAUUGCUGGUGCACGAAAAUCCAGUGGACGAAGCAGUUGUUCUUCUGUGAAAACAUGACAGCUUCCUACUGCACAAUGUUUCUUCUGAACAUGCUUACGCAGUCUUCUUGAGUAUUCUUGCACGUUGGGAUUGGUAUCCAUGCCUCGAAGAAAGAUAACCUAAGAUAUUGGCACCAAAGAUGGUCAAAGGAGGCAAAGAAAGCCCAACUUUCAUAGUCCUUAUUGCUUUUGCUAUGGGAUGAAAUGAAAGACCCACUAUUUUUUUGUCUGAAGAGGACUGGUUCCAUAUUUGUCCAUCCAUUUCAGUGAAUUGCUAAUAAUUCUUUGAAGGGCACCUAAUGAAGUGAUGAUUCAAAUGAUUGUUGAAUUUACUGUUUCUACAUGCCUUUUAGAAAAGCAAGGUUCGCUAACUUGGAGAGAAUUAAAAUGCCCAGAAGCUGUUACUGUGAUAUAUGGGUAUGCAGCUCCAUUUAGGUGUAUUGUUGUAUUGAAAUGCUUUGUAGCUAUUUGCUGCAACAAUUUCUUCUUAUUUUGCUGUCAGUGACUCGGUGUACUCUGCUAUGUUGUUGAACCAUUUUAGGUUGCUCCUGUUGGUGUAAUGUAUCAUGCACGUUAGCCUUUCUCUUUGUUUUAAUGAUUCUCUUAGCUGCUUUUUUUUUGUGUUUUCCAA